AUGAGUGUCAAGUUCGCACAAUUCGAGGAGGAUACACUCCGCUACUGGAGAGCAAUCGACGCGUUCAAGACGCAGCUGAAGCUCACUGAAGAUGGCGCGCGAUUCUCGUUUUACGACGGACCGCCCUUUGCAACAGGGCUCCCACAUUUUGGGCAUCUCCUCACGUCCACCAUCAAGGACAUUAUACCCCGCUACUGGUCCAUGAAAGGCCGCCAUGUGGUUCGGCGGUUCGGCUGGGAUACGCACGGCGUGCCCAUCGAGUAUCAGAUCGACAAGAAGCACGGCAUCUCGGGACCCGACGCGGUUCGCGAGAUGGGCAUAAGCAAAUACAAUGAGGAAUGCAGGGCCAUCGUGAUGACCUAUGCCGACGAGUGGAAGGAGGUGAUAGAGCGUGUCGGCCGAUGGGUCGACAUGGAGAAUGACUACAAGGCCAUGGACGCAAACUUUAUGGAGUCGGUAUGGUGGGUGUUCAAGAGGCUCUUUGAUGACGGCCAAGUAUAUCGAGCGUAUCAGAUCAUGCCGUAUUCAACGGCGCUAUGCACCCCUCUCAGCCACAUGGAGUCGAAGCAGAACGAGAAGCUCACCCAAGAUCCCGCUGUACUAGUCUCAUUCCCCCUGGUCGGCGUCGAUGGCCGCGAGGACACCUCGUUGGUCAUCUACACCACCACGCCGUGGACACUCCCGUCGAACCUCUUCAUCGCCGCACACCCCGAGUUCGAGUACCUCGAGAUACUCGACGAAGCCACCGGGUCCAAGUAUCUGCUUGCCGAGAGCGGUUUGUCCAUGUUGUACAAAGACAAGUCCAAAGCAAAGUACAAGAUUCUGGACAGGGUGAAAGGCAAGCAGAUGGCAGGAUGGAAGUACAAGCCUCUGUUCAACUAUUUCGUGGAAAAGUUUGGCGACUGCUUCCAGGUCAUCCUGGCAGAAUACGUCGAGGAGGGAGAGGGAACUGGGCUGGUACACCAGGCACCAGCUUUUGGCCAAGAGGACUACGAUGCUGCCGUCGCCGCAGGAUUCAUCGGCCCCCAUCGUCUCCCACCGUGUCCAGUAGACGAGAAGGGAUGUCUGACGGCGGAGGUGCCAGAUUACGCAGGCCAGCACGUCAAGGUUGCCGACAAGGCCAUUCUACGCGAUCUGCGGCCAAGCGGCCGUCUUCUCGUCGAAACCCAGAUUACACACUCGGACAAGUUUUGCUGGCGGUCCGACACCCAGCUCAUCCGAAGGGCCGUGUCAUCGUGGUUCGUCAAGGUGACGAAUUCCGUCGAGCUCAUGACCGCAAACCUCGAGACCACAUCAUGGACACCGGCCUUUGUCAAGGACGGGCGUUUCAGAAACUGGGUGGAGAACGCGCAUGACUGGAACGUCUCGCGGAAUCGGUACUGGGGAACGCCGCUGCCGCUAUGGGUGAGCGAUGAUUACGAGGAGGUGGUUUGCGUGGGCAGCGUCGAUGAGCUGAAGAGACUGAGUGGAUAUACUGGUGAAAUAACGGACCUUCACCGCGACAAGAUUGACCACAUCACCAUACCUUCGAGUCGAGGAAAAGGGCAGCUGCAUCGCGUUGAUGAGAUCUUCGACUGCUGGUUUGAAUCGGGCUCCAUGCCAUACGCGUCCAUUCACUAUCCUUUUGAGAACGCAAAAGCCUUUGAAGAGGGCCACUUCCCCGCCGACUUCAUCGCCGAGGGGCUUGACCAGACGCGCGGCUGGUUCUACACUCUCACCGUGCUAGGCAACAAGCUGUUUGGCAAAUCCCCAUUCCGAAACGUUCUCGUCAACGGCAUGGUGCUCGCUGAAGACGGAAAGAAGAUGUCAAAAAGCCUAAACAACUUUCCUGAUCCGCUUUACAUUGUCAAAACGUACGGUGCCGAUGCUCUUCGCCUUUAUCUCAUAAGUUCGCCAGUGGUUAAAGCAGAGCCACUGCGCUUCAAGGAGGCGGGUGUGAGAGAGAUUGUUUCCAAGGUCUUGCUGCCGUUGUGGAACAGCUACAAGUUCUUCGCAGAGCAGGCGGCCAUGUUUAAGAGGAAUACUGGUGGUGAUUUCAGGGCGGACGCGGCGCUGUACGCAGGGACGGACGGCCACGGCUAUCCUACCAAUGCGAUGGACAGAUGGAUCUUAGCAGACUGCCAGACACUGCUCAAGUUUAUUGAACAAGAGAUGGAAGGCUACCGACUCCACACCGUGGUGCCCGAGUUGUUGAAGCGCAUCGACAACUUGACCAACUGGUACAUUCGCUUCAACCGACGCCGUCUCAAGGGAGCUGCGGGACUGGGCCAUGAAGACACACAAGCCGCGUUGAACGCGCUGCUCCGAGUUCUCUUCACAAUGGUUCGAGCCCUGGCUCCCUUUGUCCCAUUCGUCACGGAACAUAUCUAUGGCCUCCUCAAGCCAUACCUCAGUCCUGUCCUUGGGUCAUAUAGAGACUCGCGAAGCGUUCAUUUCCUUCCUUUCCCAACAGCCCAGGAGUCACUAUUUGAUGCCGACAUUGAGCGGAGGAUGGCGGCCAUGCAGCAAGUCAUUCAGCUCGGGCGAAUGGCGCGUGAGAGAAAGAACGUGUCGCUGAAAACCCCGUUGCUGCGUCUCGUCGUGGUCAGCGACGCUCAAACAGUGUCCGACGUGGAGUCUCUGAAGAGCUAUGUCCAAGAAGAGCUCAACGUCAGGGACAUGGUGCUGUCGACGGACGAGGAAAGGUACGGCAUCGCGCUAGAGGCAAAGGCUGACUGGAAGGCCUUGGGGCAGAAAAUGAAGGGCGACCAGCUCCAAGAAGCCGAGAAGCUGCAGCUGAAGAAGAAUGUGCAAGCCCUUCGAAAGCUGCUUCCAUCUCUCACGCAGGAGCAGCUCAGGGCGUAUCAGCAAGACGGCAAGCUGACUCUCGGCGACAUUGAGCUCGGUGCGGGAGACUUGACCGUUGCGCGAGUAUGGACGAAGCCCGUGGAGACAGACGACGACAGUGGCCCGCUAUGGGAGCCAGCGUUUGCGGCAGAUGUUGUUGUCUUGCUGGACGUUGCCCUGCAUCCCGAGCUGGCCGACGAGGGGCUCGCGCGGGAGGUUGUUAACAGGGUACAGCGGCUGCGCAAACGGGCAGGCCUGGUCCCGACGGACGAGGUCAGGAUGCAGUACGCCAUAACGUCGAACCCAGACGGAGUGGAUUUCAGAGCUAUUCUUGCAAAGCGGCAAGACCUGUUUGAGACGACACUCCGAGGGACACUGGAGGAGGCGGAGAGCGUGGGCGAGGGUCGCGUCCUCGUUCAUGAGGAUCAUGAGAUUGCGGCAUUGACGUUGACGCUGCGGCUGUUGGAAAAUUAG